UUUCUUGGCCCACGUUGAUCCAGAGAAUCCUUCCAACGCACCAAGGAGCGACGCCGUGGCCGGCGGUGUGCACCGAGUGAGAAAAAGGUGCCGCGAUUUUGAGGCCACGCAGGAGAACGUCUUCCCAACGCCAACAUCACCAUACAACACCCGGCACGUCGCAGCCCAGAUCAAGACUGCGCAAAUGUACGCUCUUCUCGCGCGGUAUCAAUUGCUCGUGGUCAGCCAUCACUCGGUUUUUCCCCGGCUGUUUGGCGCUGUAAAUGCCUCACCCGGAUCGAUGUCGAUUCUCAGGCGAAACCUUCACGUCCCUGCCAUAUGCGAUCCAUUACCCCGGAUUUUGGCACAUCGACUCUAUCAUGUGAAAGAGACUGGAUGGAUGAAUGAACCAAAGAUUGCCUCGAGCGUGAAGUCUAGUCUCUAA